AUGAAGUAUGCACGGAUAGUAAUGUCCCAGUCUUCAGAACCAGAUGCAGAUGUAACUAGUAACAGAAUUGCUUACAAUGCCCUUAAUCAUAGCCAUAAACGUAUUUUGAGAUCAAAAGAAAAUCAAUUUAAGACCAAAUGCAAUAAAGAAUUAAGGAAAAAAUUGAAGAAAUAUAAAUUACGAAAAGAUGGCAAUGAGGAUCCGGAAGUGUUAAAUGUAUCACAAAUUUUAGUAAAUUCUUUAAGGAUUAAGUCACCUAAUAGUCAAAACAAACAGAGUGGCAAUAAUUUAACUGAGGGUGAAGUAUUAAAGCCAAGUAAUUAUCUUUUUAAAAUGGUAAGAAAAAGGAGAAAUUGUAAUCAAUUAAAUUCUUUACAAAUUAAUGGUUUCAAUAGUGCUACUGUCAAUAUAAAUGUUCCGGAUACAAAACCUAAUUUUUUGGAAGAAGAGGCACAAAAUAGAAAACAGAUGGAUGCUUUUAAAUUAAUGAUGGAUUCUAGGAAUAAGAGUAUAGGCAGAAACUCUCCAGGUAAAGAAAAAUGUUGUAAUGACUUAGAUUUACAAGAAUUAAUGGAAAAGAAAGAAAUAAAGGCAAAGAGAAUGUUAUCUCUUCAGAAAAUGGCAGAAGAUAAAGGUGCAAUAAAUAAAAAGGAAAUUGAAGAAUAUAGAGAUAAAUGCGUAAAAAAUAAAAUGUUGAAAAGAGCAGAAAGGCUCAAAGAUAUGAUUCAUAAACCUGAGUUAAAAGUUGAUAAAAAAGAGAAAACCAUUCCAGAUAUCAACUUGACUACCAAGUUAGAAACAGAAUACUCUAAUAAUGAUAGUGCCAAUAACUCCAACAGUUCAUCUCCGAAACUAAACACACUAAAAUUAUGUGAUAUAUUUAGUAAUACUACUGCGGUUGUAAAUGAAAAUAAGUUAGUGAAAAAAAUAUCUGAGGAAGAUAUUGAUUUUCUUAAUAAACUUUCACCAUCUCUUAGAAAAAAGGAAAACAUGCUUUGUUACUUCAAAAAAUUAAAUAAGGAGAAAGAGAAGGUGUCUGAAGAAGCAGAAACAAAUGAUCAGGAUCAGUCGGAAAAUAAUUGUGACUAUGAAAAUAAACAUAUUAUAAAAGUUAAAUUCACUCCUAAACGAAAAAAAAAGAAAAUUCAGCAACCUGUUCUGGGAAAUCCUAAUAAUAAAAGUAAUGAAGAAUGUAAUCUUAUGCAUAGUGAUUUAAAUGAGUCAAUAAUAGAUAUUGGUGAUAGUAGAAAAAGAAAACGUAAUGUAAACAUUGAUAAGUCGAGCCAAACUACUAUAGAUUCAAAUGAUUUGAUAGAGCCUAAUAAUGAGGGUAGGCCAAAACGAAAUUCAAAAAUGCCUGUUAAAUAUACGGAAGAUGUUAAUUGUUUUAGUUCAGAUGAAGAGCUGCAUAUUUUCACACCAAAGAAAAAAAGGAACAAAGAACUUAAUUCAAAAGUUAAUAUUAUUGAAAAUGUAAAAGAAGAAAAAAACAUAGUCUUAAAUUCUAUUAAUAAUAAAACACAUAAAACCACUAAAAAUAAUAAUAAUCAAAAAUUAGUGGAUCAACCGGAAGUAAAAACUAAAUUAAAAAAAAAGGAUACUGGAAGUAAAAAAAAAUCGAAAAAUCAUACUAACAAUGAUAAAGAGAAGAAAGCGAUCAAGCUAGCUCCAAUUUUCGUUUCAAAACCACAACUUUCUCAAGAAGCUAUUGAAGCCAAAAAGAAUUUUUUAAAGAGUGGUGUACCAGAAAAGCUUAAAAAGAAUAUAGUGCAAACUAACACCACCAUCACAGGAUGCGAUUCAUUUAAUUCUGUUGUUCAUGUUCAACAAUUAGAUCCCUGCAAAAAGAACUUUGAAUUAAAAGAUUGGUUUCAAACUUCUCAUGAUGAUGCUGAUGAAAUCAAUAAUGUUAAUAAUAGUAAUUCGUUCUUCAAACAGUUAUUGACAUUAUCUUCAACAGAAAGUAAAGAUGUUCCUUCCUUAAAACAAAAAUCAGAUAAGAUUUUAAAAAACAUUAAAACAUCAUAUCCUAAAUUUCCUGUUUACAGAACAUAUCAUUUACUUAAAGGCAAGAGCAAAGGAGAAUUUAAAGACUGCAAUUAUCCUGACUUAGACAAUAGUUUCGAAAUAAUCAAUAACUUCACAGACCUUAGCAAUGAGACACUAGAAAAAUUAAAUUGGUGUGAAAAAUAUAAACCUACAUCGUCCAAGCAGAUUAUAGGUAAUUUUGAUAGCAUAAAGGAGCUUAAACGGUGGCUUGAAUCAUGGACUGAAAAAUUGAUUAAAGCAAAAAAUAAUGGCAGUGAUGCUUCUGAUAUGUCAGAUUUUUACUGUUCUGAUACAGACAGUAGAGAUGCACAAAAAAACUCAAAUAAUGUGCUAAUAAUAACAGGUCAAACUGGGUCUGGGAAAACCAGUGCUGUUUAUGCAGUUGCCGCAGAAUUAGCUAUUAAGGUGAUAGAAGUUAAUGCAAGUAGCAAAAGAAAUGGGAAAAUUAUGAUACAAGACCUUCAAGAAGCAACACAGUCACAUAAAGUGAAUAGAGCCAAAAGUUCAGAUUGCUCGCAAAAAUCGCAAGAAGUGCCUAUGGCAAAAGUAAAAAAACGCGGUAGACCUAAAAAAUCAAAGGAGGAUACCAAAGUAAAAAAUCCCAUUACACCUGUAUCUCUAACUCCAGUAACUCCAAGCCAAGAGAGUAUAAGAACUGGAAUGUCACUAAUACUAAUAGAUGACGCUGAUAUAGUUUUUGAUCAAGAUGACGGUUUUUGUUCAGCUAUUUCUCAGUUGAUUCAUUCUUCUAAACGUCCUGUUAUUUUAGUUACGUCGUCGCUGUCAUGUCUACAUUUGCAAAGAUUUUUGCAAAAUGGAAAAGUUAUUCAUAUGCGACCAUUACUGCCUAGAAUGCUUGGUACGUGGUUGGACAUUAUGUGUUUGGUAGAUGUCGGGAUGUGUUACACGGGAUUGGGGGCACAGUUAUUAGAUUUUAACAAAGGUGAUAUAAGAAAAACUAUCAAUUACUUACAAUUUUACAUGAACUCAUUUAAAGUGAAUCAAAUAGAGGAUGUUGUUCUAUCACAAGUUAAGUGUAACUUGGAUGACGAAAACUCAAAUAUUUCUUGGGCAGAUUCAGAGGGUUUUGAAGGACCUUCAAAUGAAAUUCAAUCAAUGACAGUGUCUGCCAUUGAUAAACGAGCACAAAAAUUUUCAUGUGAUUCAUUUAAUAUUUUCAACUUAUGGUGGAGUCUACCCAGUUAUAUCAAUAAUUACAAUAUAAGUAAUGGUGGGGCUAAUGAAACUAAAGAAAAAUAUGCAGGGUUACAAAAGAUGGCUGAUAUGUUGGAUAUGAUAUCUGCAAUUGACCACCUAGACCAUAUAAAACCAGAUCGAAGGUUCAAUAUUGCUACUAGACCUUGGUACACAAAUGAAAACCCAAGUUUGUUGGAAAUAGAAAAUUUAGAUGACUUCGAUAGUGCGUUUUCUAUUAAUAAGGAUAUAAUGAAUGUACUUAUGACGAGUACUAUUGCGAAAGCUCAAGAAUUGUGUUCCGAAAAUACCGUGAAUAUUCGUCCUCCUAGCAUGAGUAUGCAAAGGGAACGAGAUAGAACAGUUUCACGCCACAAGACCCUCUCGAGCUACUUAAACCCAUCUGCAGUAUUAGAUCGAAGAGCAACCGCUCUGGAUUACUGGCCAUCUUGUAGAACCCUGUGUCGAUUGGAAAAGAACAAAACUGAUUCAAAUAUUAAAAGAAAUAACCGUUUUUGUCAUUAUCUUAAGUCUUUAAACGUUCUCUGUAAAAAUGACUUUUUCGACAGUCUUGCUGAUAGUCUCACU